AUGGCGCCACCGCAUUUUCUACUGGUAACGUUCCCGGCGCAGGGUCACGUGAACCCAUCCCUCCGUUUCGCUCGUCGGCUCAUAAAAGUUACCGGCGCACGUGUGACUUUGGCCACGUGUAUCUCCGUCUUCCACUGCUCAAUAAUCCCAAACCCCAACAACAUCGACAAUCUCUCUUUCCUUACUUUCUCCGACGGAUUCGACGACGGAGUCAUCUCCAACACCGACGACGUCCAAAACCGGUUGCUGAACCUCAACCGCAACGGCGAUAAAACGCUCUCGGAGUUCAUCGAAGCUAAUCGAAACGGAGACUCUCCCGUGACUUGCUUGAUCUACACGAUUCUUCCCAAUUGGGUUCCGAAACUGGCGCGUAGGUAUCACCUCCCUGCUGCUCUUCUCUGGAUCCAACCCGCUUUGGCCUUCAACGUUUAUUACAAUCACUCCACCGGAAACAAUUCCGGUUUCGAGUUCCCGAAUCUUCCCACACUCGCAAUCCGUGAUCUUCCUUCUUUCCUCUCACCAUCUAACACGAACAAAACCGCACAAGCUGUAUAUCUUGAAUUGAUGGAGUUUCUCAAAGAAGAAUCCAAUCCCAUAGUUCUCGUCAACACAUUCGAUUCGCUGGAGCCAGAGGCCUUAAAAGCUAUCCCGAAUAUCGAAAUGGUUGCAGUUGGUCCUUUGCUUCCUCCAGAUGUUUUCACAGGAAGCGAAUUAGUUAAAGAUCAAAGUAGUAUUAAACUUUGGCUAGACUCGAAAACAGAGUCCUCUGUUAUUUACGUUUCUUUUGGAACAAUGGUUGAGCUUUCGAAGAAACAGAUUGGGGAACUAGCGAGAGCUCUCAUAGAAGGGAAAAGACCAUUCUUGUGGGUCAUCACUGAUAAAUUAAACAGAGAAGCGAAGACACAGGGAGAGGACGAGACAGAGAUUGAGAAGAUUGCCGGUUUCAGACACGAGCUUGAAGAGGUUGGUAUGAUUGUGUCUUGGUGUUCGCAGGUGGAGGUUUUAAGACAUCGAGCCGUAGGUUGUUUUGUGACUCAUUGUGGGUGGAGCUCGACGCUUGAAAGUUUGGUUCUAGGCGUUCCGGUGGUGGCGUUUCCGAUGUGGUCGGAUCAACCGACGAACGCGAAGCUUCUAGAGGAUUCAUGGAGGACAGGUGUGAGGGUGAGAGAGAACGAGGAAGGUUUAGUGGAGGCAGGAGAGAUAAGGCGGUGUUUGAAAGCAGUGAUGGAGGAGAACGCUGAGGAGCUGAGUGUAAACGCUGAGAAGUGGAAGCGUUUAGCGGUUGAAGCGGUUUCACGGCGAAUUCUUCAUCGAUCUGUAACCUUAACCAUGUCGGAGAUGGCGACUAUGGAUCCGGAAGGAAUCGACGGAGUCCGUAUGACGUGGAACGUCUGGCCUCGCAACAAGGUUGAAGCGAGCAAGUGUGUGAUCCCUGUCGCGGCUUGUAUCUCACCGAUCCGUUACCACCGUGAUAUCCAAUCCGUGCCUUAUGCUCCUCUCCGUUGCCGCACUUGCUCCGCCGCACUCAACCCUUUUGCUCGCGUUGAUUUCACCGCCAAGAUCUGGAUCUGCCCAAUCUGUUUCCAGCGGAACCACUUCCCGCCUCACUACCACGUCAUCUCCGAGACCAAUCUCCCUUGCGAGCUGUAUCCGCAGUACACCACCGUCGAAUACACUAUGCCCAGCCCUUCCCAGCCCACUGGUGUCGGCAAUUAUGAUCAGAGUGGUGCUGUUUCCGGCCAGCCAUCGCCUUCGGUCUUCGUUUUUGUUCUGGAUACGUGCAUGAUCGAGGAGGAGUUUGGGUACGCCAAAUCCGCGCUCAAGCAGGCGAUCGGCUUGCUUCCGGAGAAUGCACUUGUUGGGUUCGUCUCCUUUGGGACGCAGGCGCACGUCCACGAGCUAGGGUUUUCUGAUCUCACCAAAGUCUAUGUCUUCAGGGGAGAUAAGGAGAUCUCCAAGGAUCAGAUUCUGGAGCAGUUAGGGCUCGGUGCCUCUGGGAGGCGAACCCCUGUUGGUGGGUUUCCGAUGGGGAGGGACAUUUCCGGCAAUUCUGGUGUUAAUAGAUUCUUGUUGCCAGCCUCCGAGUGUGAAUUCACGAUUGAUUCGCUGUUGGAUGAGCUACACACGGAUCAGUGGCCUGUUCAGCCUGGAAGUCGCCAGUCGCGGUGCACGGGAGUGGCUUUGAGUGUGGCCACUGGACUGCUUGGAGCUUGUUUCCCUGGAACUGGGGCUAGAAUCGUUGCUUUAAUUGGAGGACCAUGCUCUGAGGGACCAGGCACGAUUGUUUCAAAGGAUCUAUCAGAACCUCUGCGUUCACAUAAAGACCUCGACAAAGAUGCGGCUCCGUUCUAUAAGAAAGCAGAGAAAUUCUAUGAUGGUCUAGCAAACCAGUUGGUUAACCAAGGACAUGUACUGGACCUUUUUGCAUCCGCACUUGAUCAGGUUGGUGUUGCUGAAAUGAAAGCUGCGGUUGAAAGAACUGGAGGACUUGUUGUUUUAUCAGAAAGUUUCGGCCAUUCUGUAUUUAAGGAAUCUUUUAAACGAGUUUUUGAAGAUGGCGAGCAGUCUCUCGGUCUUUGUUUCAAUGGUACACUUGAGAUCAACUGUUCGAAGGACAUAAAAAUCCAAGGGAUUAUUGGCCCUUGCGCGUCAAUGCAAAAGAAAGGACCUAGCGUUGCUGAUACAGUUAUAGGGGAGGGGAAUACUAUAGCAUGGAAGAUGUGUGGCCUCGACAAAAGUACUUGUCUGACUGUCUUCUUUGACCUUUCUUCUAGUGAUCAGUCGAAUAAUCCUGGAGGUGUAAAUUCCCAGCUAUAUAUACAGUUUCUGACAAGCUACCAAAAUCCAGAAGGUAAAACGUUACUUCGAGUUACUACUGUUACCAGACAAUGGGUAGAUACUGCUCUUAACACAGAGGAAUUGGUGCAAGGGUUUGAUCAAGAAACUGCGGCUGUGGUAGUGGCGAGAUUAGCUUCCUUGAAAAUGGAAACAGAGGAGGGGUUUGAUGCUACGCGAUGGCUGGACCGGAACCUUAUUCGUCUUUGUUCUAAAUUUGGUGAUUACCGGAAGGAUGAUCCUGCUUCAUUUACUCUAAAUCCAAACUUUUCACUAUUCCCUCAGUUUACGUUUAAUCUCCGACGAUCACAGUUUGUGCAGGUGUUCAACAAUAGUCCAGACGAAACUGCCUACAGCCGCAUGCUAUUGAACCGAGAAAAUAUUUCAAACGCAGCCGUUAUGAUUCAGCCAUCUCUAACAACAUAUUCGUUCAACUCACUACCUCAACCUGCAUUGUUGGAUGUUGCUUCCAUCGCUGCAGACCGUAUCCUCUUGUUGGAUUCUUACAUUAGUGUUGUCGUCUUCCAUGGGAUGACCAUAGCACAGUGGCGCAACAUGGGAUAUCAAAAUCAGCCUGAGCACCAGGCAUUUGCACAACUUUUGGAAGCCCCUCAAGAAGAUGCUCAGAUGAUCAUCCGUGAACGUUUCCCUGUACCGAGAUUGGUUGUAUGUGAUCAACAUGGAUCGCAGGCAAGAUUUUUGUUAGCGAAGCUAAAUCCGUCAGCGACAUACAACAACGCGAGCGAGAUGAAUGCAGGUUCUGAUAUAAUCUUCACGGAUGAUGUUAGUCUUCAAGUCUUCUUCCAACAUCUUCAGAAAUUGGCUGUUCAAUCUUGAAACCACAGAGAUUGAGAGAAGUCUGAGACCGAAUCCCAGCAAUUCAAAUAAAGAAGAUGCAGCGAUCGCUCACCAGAAUGUCUCGGUGUCUUAGUUUUUUUAUACACACACAUGACAAGACUAUGCUUUUGUUUAUUUUAACUGAGAUUUUUGUUUAUCAUAGUUACUUCACCAAAUUUUGUAGUUUUAUUUGGUCAGUAUUGUUAUUUCAAUGUUUUAAUUAUUAAUCCGUUAAUAAAUGAUCAUGAUGACAUUCAUUUAGCGUCGUC